GUUGAUUAUCCGUGACCAAAACCUCGUUUGUGAAACUGUCAAAACACGAGAGAUGAGGAAACGCGUAUCGGUGUUGGAGUUACGUGGCUCGCGACAGUAGCAUAUACAUGCGAUCUUGUCUGGAUAAUUUUAGGAUGGACGUAUAGCUUGUGAUACACUUUACAGUCCCGUUACUUCGUCUGAUAGGAACGACCCACGAGAAAAUGGCGACUCAAUCUCACCAGUAUUACGAACGUUUAUCAUCCUUACCAUGGAUCUGCAUUGUUACAUUGCUGUGCUCUGUGGCGUUAUCCGAGGCUAGACAUUCAGAGAAGAUUGUAGCCUUCUUCCAAGGUAACUGUAACCACUCCAACCCGUGCCUCCAUGAGUGUAAGGACAUCUACGAUGGGGGCUACAUUUGCACCUGCAGAAAGGGCUUCGUCCUCAACAAGGACGGAAUGUCCUGCUCAGUUGACCCAGAAAAGCAACAAAGAGAGCAUAAUCAACAUGACCUGGGAUCAGAGGUCAGAGGUGAUGCGGCUCCUUCACAUCCAAACUAUAACAUUCUCAAUGAAGUAUUGCCUGGCAAUGAAAAACAAUCUCAGGAAGUAUCCAAUCUGUCCCAAGACAAGGGUAGUCUGCUAUCAAAAGACUCUAGUCAUAGGAAAACCAAAGUUUUGGACAAAGCUGAUCGUGUUGGCCUUUUGCCGGAAAAUCCUGAAAUUUCCAUUAAAACGUAUGACCUGCGCAAAGACAUCCCGGACCCCAUCUCUGACUUCCAUAUCCGAGAAGGGGGAGAGCACUCUCAGAAUGACCUGAUGAGUCAGGAGUGGACGGAAGGAAAGGGCAAGUUCAAGCUACGACCUUCAAAGACUGUCACGUGUGAUGGAAUGGUGUGCCAGAAUAAUGGAACUUGUGUCGUUGAUGCCAAUAUCCCUCGCUGUAACUGUCAAAUUGGGACUGCAGGUAGCCGAUGUGAAAAAAUCAUCUCAGUGGUGUACCCAAAAUUCCAUGGGAUGGGGUACCUUGCUCUGCCUGUCUUAAAGAAUGGCUACCGAGACUUCCGGAUCUCACUGGAGUUCCGACCUGAGGCUAAGAACGGUCUGCUGCUCUUCAGUGCGGAACUAGAUGAUGCCAAGACAGAUUUCUUCUCUGUGGCUUUGGUGGAUGGAUACAUCGAGUUCAGAUUUGACUGCGGCACAGGCAUCGGUGUACUGCGCAGUCUAGGGGAGGUAACUCUGGGCAGGUGGAACCAGGUGACGGUACAGAGGGAGGAGAAUGGUGCUGGUCUGCAGCUGAAUGAGGGGGAUAUAGUGGAAGGCACAGCACAGGGCGCAUACACCCGUAUCACCCUCCGCCUCCACCUCUACCUGGGCGGCUACAGCAACAUGUCCUCCAUAACUGACCGCAUCGGCAUGGCCAAGCAGUAUGUUGGCUGUGUCCAGGAACUGAGCAUCAAUGGCUACAAGUACGACAUGAGGAAGGGGGAGAUAAUUGGGGAUGCACAGUUCGGACUCAAUGUUGGUGAGUGCAGUGAGGGAAUCUGUGACAACAUUGUGUGUCAGAAUGGCGGUUCCUGCAGUCCUCGCUCCGCUGACAGCCAUGUCUGUCUGUGUCCUCUUGGUUCUGCUGGAGAUUUCUGUGAGAAACGACACGACGUGCACAUCCCUCGGUUCAGUGGUCACUCCUACCUGCAGUACGAGGGUCUGAACCGCCGGGUCUUGUCCUACACCGAGAUCGAGGUGGUCUUCAAGCCCAUGAUGCCUGACGGCUCCAUCCUCUACAAUGGCUACACCAAGGACAGGAAGGGAGACUUUAUCUCUCUCGCUCUCAGGGAUGGAAUCAUCGAGUUUAGCUUUGACCUUGGAACUGGUCCGGCUGUCAUAAGGAGUCACUUACCCGUGUCCCUUGACCACUGGCAUGUGGCGAGAGCAUCACGGACCGGACUGCAGGGCAUCCUCGAGGUGGAUGACCAGCCCCGCAGCGAAGGGGAGGCACAGGGGGCGUACACACAGCUCACGCUACUGGAGGGGCUGUUCAUUGGGGGACAUCGCAACUACGACGAGGUGUCCAAGUACCACAACAUGACCAACUCCUUUGUAGGCUGUAUACAGAAGGUUGUGAUCAACAAGAGGCCGGUGCGGUUGAUGAAGGAGAUGGCGGACGGGGUCAACAUCGAGCCCUGCAGCCACCCAUGUGCCGGCGAGCCCUGUAUGAAUGGUGGGGAGUGUCGGCCCAAGCGGGACAUCUACACCUGCUACUGCCCUCUAGGAUAUGCCAACACUAACUGUGAAGACAGAAUGGAAAAACUACCAGAAAAGCCGAUGUUUAUUGGAACUAGUUUCCUAAUGUUUACUGACAAAAGAAUAUUGAAAAGGGUAACGGGAAACAAAAUUGAUCUUCAGAUGCAUAUUUUACCGAAGGGUAAAAAUGGUUUACUGUUUUGGAGUGGACAAGAUUCCAUGGAGUCGUCCAGUGACUUCGUGGCUCUAGGUUUUGUUGAUGGAGGACUGCAGUUACGCUAUAACCUGGGAAGUGGAGAGGCAGUUAUUGGAUAUAAUGAUUCAAGACUUUACGAUGGCCAGUGGCAUUUUGUCAGAGCACAAAGGGACAAGCAAGAUGCCUACCUGGAGAUUGAUAGCACAGAGAUUGUUGAAGGGAGUGCCCCCGGCAGCUACACUGUACUUAAUACUAACAAAAUACUUUAUAUUGGUGGUAUGCCAGACGUUGCCCAGAAUUCCCUGGGAAAGUUCAGCUCAGGCUAUGUUGGAUGUAUGAAAGAUGUUAUCCUGGCAACUGACUUUAAUAUAAAGAUGAUGAACCAUGCACAAAGUGGACGCAACAUAUAUCACUGUGUGUCCGGUGUCUGAGACAAAUCCAAGCUGAAAACCCUGCUUCCAGAAUGAACUGUACUGGUCAACAAGGCCUGGGUGAUACCAAAUUCAUAUUUGGGGUGUGAUGGAUAGACGUCAUGUGAUUUGAAGAAUGGAUAUUCAAAGUGAAGAUUAUGUAAAAUGAGAGUUGUGCAUUUGUCGGAUGAAUUAUGUCAUCUGUUAUUCCAUAGACAAAUCAGUCUAAAUUGUUGGUGAUCAAUCGUCCUUUUCAGGAUACACAAAUAUGCUUUGGAAAUAUGAUACACAAAUAUGCUUUGGAAAUAUUUACGUGAUUUAUACAGUGAAAUUUUGUUCAUUCAUGAUAGGAUUUCUAUAGAAAAUGUGGCAAAUAAUUUCAAUACAUGCAAACAUUCUUAACUUAUGAACCUUGUGUCAAAUGUAUUUAUUCCAUAUUCAAGAUAUUUGGUGCCCUGUUCCUCUUUGUUCCAACUAGCAUUUUCAGACUUCUACAGGAAUAGAGGAACCAUAGAUUUAAUGCCCCUAUAAGUUGAAGUUUGUCAACUGAAGCCUACCAACAUGGGCACUCAAAGCAAACAUAAUCAUUCAUGCAUUGGAAAACUAAAACACAUUGUAUUAUCAUCUGUAUUUGAAAUAGAAGGUGUUGAAGGUAUAAGUGUCAUUGACAGCAGACUGUCACGUCCUUUAUUGUCCACUGAAGUAGAAAAUAAUUAAAAUGGGAUAGAAUUAACUAGGGAUAUAAUUAUUUUGGAUAUGGUAAAUGAUGUGAACACCUUAUAGGUCAUGUUGAUGAAUAAUGACUUGAAAGAUCAUAAUUUUAUUUAAAUAGUUCACUUUGAGACUUUGGGCAUUAUUUGUUUGUGUUCUUUACAUAAAAGCUGUUCAGACAACAGAGAGGCUGUCAGAGUUAAAAAGAAAGAGGCUAUCCCAGUGCAAUAUUUGGGUAGGAAGACUUGUAGGAAUGCAUUGGAUAGAUUAAAAUACCUUUAAGUUAUCAUUUAGUCUCUUACUUGAGAUUAACAUUACCAAGACUGAGAAUUAAUAAAACUAAUUUACUUUUUAAAUUUUAAUCUUUGUUUAUUUUAAGAUUUGAUAAUGCUACCUGGGGCUAUUAGAGAACCAUUUGUUCUUUUUACCCAGAGUUCAAGGAUGGCCUCAUGUUAACAACUGUAAAGUAAUAGACACUUUGAAAUUGACAGAAUCUUUUUUCAUAUUUAAACUUCAGAAGUAUGGAUCUCUUCUAGGUCAGGUAUAGAAAGUGGUCCUGUAGAUAAUGCCUCAAGGCUGGACCUCACUGAGUGGUCAUUUGCUGACAAGAUAUCCCACCAUGCAUUGCUGACAAGAUAUCCCAUCAUGCAUGGCAUCAGCCAUGUCCAUUCCAUUGCUUGUAUCCUUCAGCAUUUGUAUAAAAUUAUCAUUGGUAAACACAGACAACAAUUACAAUUUUGUAACUUUUAAAAAAAAAUGUAUGCCUUGGUUGAAAACUUCAUAAUAUUAGGUAAUAAGAUUUACAUAUUACUCCUCAUGGUAAAGUGAGAUGGUAGGAGUGGAUGAAAUAUUCACAGUUAAUGUUGCUUUAUCCUUGAAAUGUCAAUUUUCUCUUCCAAGAAGUUGGCUUCAACCAUUACUGAAGGGCUCAUGUAACAGUGGAUACAUUUGUCUUUGAUGAUUUCAAAAUAUGCAUUUGUUACAAGAGCAAACUUUGAUGUAAAGAUAUCGUCAGAUCUCAUCUUAGUAUUAUUUAAACUAGAAUAUGCAUAAUGUUACAUUUUAUAUCGAAAAAUAAGUAGUUAGACAUUAAACAUACUUCUUAGACAUUUUCAGAUAUUCCUUGAUUAAAGGUAAAACUUUGCUCUCUUUGUAAUGCUUAUCAUUAGGAGAAAUUGUGAUUAAGAUAGACUAUAAAUAUAGAAAUUUUGUAAGAAUUCUCCAUGGUGCUCAUAAAAGGACAGACACGUAGAGACGUUUACUUAUUCUCUGAAAGGAAUAACUGAUUGAUAUCCAUCCUAUGCUUUUAUUAAUGAUACUUCGUGCUAUUUGUUUCAAGAACAUAUUUUCUUUGAUGAAUUCUGACUGCAACCACCUGUAUAAUAUGAUAGUUGUCAUUUUAGCAAUGAUGCAGGAUUGAAAUAUGAAUCACCCCAACCUGUUUUGUUUAGAUACAUGAAUAUCAGAGUCAUCACAAUUCUCCCUUAUUUUGUUACGUUUUUCAUUUCAGAAUCCAGUCUGUUGUGUUUAAGCUUUUCCAAAAUAGCUAUAUGAAGAAGAUUUGUCAUUUUAAAAGUGUUGACAAGUGACAGGGAGUAAUUUUUUAUGCAUGAAAAGCUUCUCAAGCACCCGAUUUAAAUUUAAGUCAUGAAAUCAUUUAGUUUUUAAUCUGAUAGUUUUAUUGUAUACAAUUCAAGCAAUAUGUGAAGAAAGCUGAUGCUUAAAUUUUGCAGUUUUUCAAGAAAUUGUACAUAUUCCUCUUUGAUAAUAUUUCAUAUGAAAUCAUUAAAAUUCAUUUCCACUGAAGCUAAUGUGGAUUCUUCUCAGUCUAAUUCAUGUAGCAUGCUGAUCAUUCGUGGAAAUGAGCUUUUUUAUAUCUUGCAAAGUUGGGAAGUUCCUUUCACAUGUUGACAGAUUUAUCUAUUUUGCAGUUACAGAAAUUAUGAUGAGAACCCCCUCGGGAAUUAACAAUAGCUUUAGGGAGCUGAAUUUCUUUGCAGAAAGUCAUUUUGAAAUUCUUCUAUGUGCGCUCUGUCACCUACUCAGUUUUGAUUACAACGAAAUUGAUGCAUGGACUUUGAGAUGGAUCAUGAAUUGUCAUAAGGCGUUUUGUUUGAUAUAAUUCUUGCCAUUGUGAAUGUGUGUGUUGGGAACUAUUCAAGCCUUGGUGAGGCAUCAAUGGACCUGAUCCAGCUAUGAUUCUGUUGUCUGUCUCAGGGCUUGUCAGCCAGUGUGGUAAGAACCCACGGCAGAUUUUGUAGCUGCCUUUCAAAGAGCUACAGUUACGCAUCACUUCUUUGAGGGGUUAUCACUUAUUAAUUCAAGUGACCUGAAACAAUAAUCCCUCUUUCAAAUCAAAAUGAUAGAUUAAACAAUUUUUACUUUUCAUGUUGUCAGUAUUGAUCAAAAGUGCACAAAUCUUUUGUGGUGAUGACAUCUUGGCAGAUGUUCCUAAGGAGCUAUCUAUCACUAAACUUGCUGCUUCCCAGUAUCAGCUGAUUCCAAAUUUUAAGACAGAUUUUCAAUGAGAGGACAACUGUUUUUGUUGUGUUUGAUUUCCUAUCUAUUAGCCAAUGUCUAUUUUUUAGAGUAAACAUUGGUGCUUUGAAAUUAUGUUUCCAUAAAAUAUAUUUCCAGACCAUGAUUUGAUAAGGACAGUCAUCUUACAUCAUCACCAGACUGGGCUUUUGAAGGAGAAUAUUAUUCCAUAUAUGGUGCGUUAUGUUCAUUAAUAUCUCAUUAAAAUAAAGUGGUUUCAUACAUUUUGCAUUUUUCAUCCAAUGGCGAUGUGAGCAUGUCUUCACGCAUCUGAGACAUGACUGGGUAAUCAAAAUGCUAUCUUACUGCAAAGUGUGCCAAAUUUAACACCCAACUUUACAGACUGCACAUUAGACAAGUCUAUUGAACAGUACACAGCAUUUGCACAAAUGACUAUCCAUGUAUGAUAUGUUCAUUUAGCAUCUGGGUAUCUUUGAACUGAUCCUAUGUUAAAUGAUCAAUUAAAUAUAUUAUUUGUUAGAGUCUGAAGUCAGUUAUGGUUUCUGUUAGAUGAUGCCAUUUUAGCUUUAGUAAAGGAAUAUUUUGUUGUACAUUUUGAGACACCUGAUUUCAAUCCCAGUGUAGAAGAGAAAUCUCUAUACCUCUUAUGAACAGUAUUUCUAGCCAGUACUAGAAACAACAAAUUUCAGUAAAGUCCGAUCCUUUGCUCUAAUAUGAUACCUCUCUCUGUGAAGACUUCACAAAACCUCUGUCCACAACUGCAUCAAAUAAACCAUCUAAUCUACCAAUGAGGGAGGGCUUGUGAUCACUGGUCAAGCAGGCAAAGCAUUCAGAGUGGCGUAUCUGAUUUCUGUAUCUUAAACAAUAAUCAUAAAUACUCUCUUAAAUGAACUUUGGGUAGAUAUUUUGUACGCUCUCUCAUUUCUGAGUGCAGUGGAACCUCACCCUCCAGGUUGUAAAUUCAAAGAGAUAAUUGUAUUUAAUGUCAAUUUUCUUUUAUGAUCAAAAUGUCAAAUUCAAAGUCAUAUCAAAAUGGUCUGAUCUGCUUUUGAAAGCUAACACCUGAGUGUCUGAUAAAGCCACACCUUGACUGAGAUUGGAUGGUCAUGUGGUCGUCUCCGAUGAUGACAUGUGGAGGGUUUGUCCGUCAUACUGAGACGUGUCAUAUCAGAAUUACAGGAUUUUAGUGAGAUUGUGGAAACAGUAGCUACAUACUGUAGGCUUUCAUGUUAGUCCCUGUAGUAGCCAUCAUGUAGUACCAAUCAUGUACAUUUAUGAUUAUUAACAAACCUAACGAUGCCAAUUAAUUUUGUAAUUGUGAUUGAAAUUGUUGCAGUAAAAUAAUAUGCAUUUAAUCAUAUUUCAAAUUUAGAUUAUGAAAGUGCCCCAGGGCACAACUCUUGCCUUCUAUGUUAGAAGUGUCUGUUUGCAGUUGCUGAAGCAUUCCUUGUUACUGUUAAAUCUGUUAGUAUUUAAACCUCAAUGAAAACAUGCCUUCUUUCACCUAGUGACUUAAACAAAUAAAAUCUAUCCAGUAAUAUAAAUCAUGAUUAUUUUAAAUUAAAAACUUGACAUUUAAUCAACAAAUACCUAAUGUUAUUAUUCAAAUUCUUCUUGUAAUAUAUAAAAUGCAUUCAUGUACAGAAAAAUAUCUUGAAAAUAUUAGUUUGACAAAUUUGUUCUCAUUUGAUCAGAAACACGUAAUGCCUUUGCUUAGAUAUUUUAUCUUGAUGUAAUGAAUAACAAAAUCCUGUGGUAUUCUUAGUAACUUAAUGUCAUGAAAUAAACCUCAAAUAAGCCUUUAGUAUCAGGAUACAUGUAGACAUAUAAACAUGUUUGAUGUUGAGUAUUGUUGGCUCAAAGUAUUCAAGCUUUAACAAAUAGACGGAAUUGAUACCAAUCCAUUGAUAGAUUAAAAUUCUAUUAAUGCUUAUCUCAUCUUGACUUUCAGUAUUUGUACAAAGCAUAAAGUUGCAGCCUAACUGUAGAGCUAGCACCAAGGCAUUGGUCCUGACAUGAUAACGUAUUGCAUCCCUAGAUAUUGAAUAAACAGGUGUAUUUAUUGUAUAUUUCUCCAAUAUUUCAUUGUGCUUGUCUGUUCUCAAAUCAGCUUUUGUGUAUGUGAUACACUUUUUGUACAGUGGUCAUUUUGCUAGAGAAUUGUUAUAUUUUGAUGUUUUUAUUUUGUCCAUUGUUACCCCGAUGGAUCUGUUGAUUUGUGCAUAAUACCUGUAAAAUAUGGUUGUAGCUGAUUAAAUACAAACAUCUUGUCAUCUUGUGCUGGAACUCACCCAUAAUCAUGAUAAUAUCGUUUGUUAGAACAUAUUAAUAAUGGAAAUAUUUGAACUAAUGACUUUCUUGCAGGGGAUUAGUGCAGAGUGAUUAUGUCCUAUCAACCUUUCCUCAUAGAAAUCAUUUUGUUCUCAUUACACUGAAAUUGGUGAUAGAAUUAGUGAUUUAAUAUACAAGGAUGAGUUCUUGACAAUACCUCCUUACCUGGUACUGGCAGAAUCUUUGUAUCUCAGCAGGCUGUGUUGACACUUGUGGAGCUGACAAUGUCUUAAGUCCCUUGAAUUAAGUAGGUCCACACAUGCAUAAGUAUUCGAAAUAAAUGCUCAGAAUUGUCAAUCAUAUUUUUUUAAGAUUUUUUUUUUAAUUUGAUGGUUUAUAAUAUGUAACUUGGGUAACUAUGGGAACAAGUAUUGUUGUAGGAUGUUGUUUCAAUGAGUAGGGAUAAUCCUUUAAUGAGUGUUCAGUAUUGUACCGUGUACAUCAUUUGUCAUCAUUGCUAUUUAAUUGGUUGAACACUUCAUCUAUUUUACAGGUGUAAAAUUUGCUUUUGUAUUAAUAUUUACAAAUUUUCACAAAAUUAAUGUGAAAUUGGAUAAUUAAAUACUAGAAAUGUUGAGGUAAUUUUUAUAAUGUUUUAAUAAUUUUAUAAUCAAAAAUUAAUUUUUGUCAUACAUUAAAUACAUUGAAAUGUAUUAGCUUGAAUCGCUGCAAAAUGGCUGAUGUGGUGUUAGGCAAUGUUCAAGUUUUAAUUUGAUCUGGAAAUUCAAACAUGACAGUACCUUGCAUGAGUACAAUGGAAUACUGAAUUGUGCAUAUAUAUAUAUCAUAGAUCUUUGGUCUCUUGUUCUCGUCCAGAACGGCCAAGCCAGCAUAAGCUUAAUACUUAGGUUUCCAUGAGCAUAUUAUCACAAGUGAAAAAUAUACUUUAAGAUGUUGGUGUAGACCAAAUUGUACACGCUGCAGUAACAAUAUUCAUGUGCAAUACUAGGUGUAGCUUGGACCAAUUGUGAUGUGUGUAUUUUUGCGCAGACCUGUACUUGGCUGGGCUCAUCGUGAUGUAUGUAUUUCUGCACAGAACUGUACAUGGACGCUUCACAGUUCUCAUGUCUUGUGUUGUUUUUGUUGUAUAAUCUGGAUAUGUGUGAAUUAUUUUGCAGAUUUAAAUUAGACAUACUGCAUCCUAAAGUGGGGUGACUUUCUGCAAAUAAAAUGUUAAAUGUU